AAACGACAAAAGCUGUGAUUUACGGUGGAAACUGACACUGAGACUUUUUUUAAAAAUGGUUUCCCUUUUAAAAAACAUUUCUUCUAAUGGUUAGGAUAAUUAAUAAUUGAAGAUAUCGCAUGCAUGCAUAUGUUCUGUAUAUACCGUAUAAAAAAGGAAAUUUAAAGACCAAAUUGGUUAAUCUGCCACUUCUCAUCCCACUCAUAAAGCACAAAUUCUCAUUUUAGUGCUAAGAGGGGACUUUAGCAACUCAUAUAUAAAGCUAAAAACUAAGAUUUUUAACUUGUUGACUACUUGAAUAGCUAGAUAACAUCGUAGAAUGAAAAACUUGUUCUUUUUUUGUAACUGUGAAAAAUUUGUUCUUAGUUCACUAAAUCUGAUUACUGGUUCUUUAACAAACAAACAAAAAAAUAGUAUAACUAACUGGACAAAAAAAAAUAUACGUUUCGAGUUUAGUUAUUAAGUUAAUUAAAUAAAAACAAAAUUCACAUUCAUUGAACAUGUACAUUGCUCAUAGCCAUAUAUCUCUAUAAGCGACUGACACAUAAGCUUUUUAUAUGCUUCAAAAGGGUUGUUUUUUUACAACAGCUUCAAAAAUAGUGAUAGCAUCUACUCGGAGGAAAUGCAUUUUGAAAUUAGCUAUCUAGAUAGGUUUUAUAUCAUUAGGCUACUAGCGCAAAAAAAACUUGUUAUACUUUGUUUUUUAUAUAAAGUAAGUUUGUAAAUUUAAUUUUUUUUUUAAAUACUACUGUUUUGUAAUUAAAAAAGUAGCCAGUCUUUCAUUUUAAUUCUAAUGAAUGGGAUAUUAUUUUGUUUUUUUUUGUCAACUGAUAUAAUUUUGUUAUCAACAUUAAAACAAUAAAAAGACAUGUUUUGUGAAUUAUGUUUAUUGUAAACCACGUAUUCAUCUUAAAAACACCUAUGCAUACGUCAGUAACAUGAUUUUUCUGAGAAAUAGUAACACGAAGUUGUCUUGUCUCUUCUUUGAAGGUUUACACGUACUGGAAACAAGAGACCAUUUUUCCCAAUUAGAUAUUCUAAAAUAUUACUCCAAGUAAUAAAUCCAAAUAUUAAUUAGUUUUUUUUAAUAUGCAGUUCAAAAUUCAAAUAAAAAGCAAAAGAAAAAGUUAAAUUCCCAAUGCCACCACUUAGUAAUUGGACUUCUGUUUGAAUAAUGGCUAGAGAAUAACAUGGACGUAUCACAUCUGUCUUCCUCUCUCUUUUUUUUAUAAUGAAAUCUCUCUUCCUUUUUUCCCGAGUCUAGAUUUACGAUACUAAUUUUAAUGAUAAAAUGAAGAAAUUAAACUUAGGAAUGUAAUCACUUGGCUAGUAAUUUUAUUUUUCCAGUCAGAAAUUUUUUUCCCUACAUAUAAUCACAAGUUAAAUAUGUUAGAUGUAUUAGUCAAAAAAUGUUAAAUGUAGAAUUUAAAGUUACCAUCACGCAAUACAUAAUGUUAUUUCAGAAAGUAUAAUUUUCAUGUGAAUGCUUGUCCCCUUCCAAAGCUAGGUUUUGUAAUUCUUCUUUGGAUAUUUUAGAAAGUAUUAUUUUGAUUUUUUUUUUUUUUGCUAAACUGUACACAUAAUUUCUUCUGACCACUAUAAAAAAAAUUUAAUAACCUGAAACGUCCAUAAAUUCACUAUUUUUUAGUGUAUGACAUCUAUGUAGAUUUAAAAAAUUGUAAAAGGCCAACAAAUAUAUUUAGAAAUUAACAACAUAAAUGUGGUCUAUUGGUAGAUGGAUUUUGUGAGAUAAAUAAACCGGAUUCAAAACAACUACAAACAUUAAACAUAUGUGGCCACAAAAAUAUAGGAUCAUAUUUUAGAUCUGAUUUAAAUACCCGGAACAAAAUGUUUGUAAACUGCACCUCUUUUUAAAAAGGAAAUUAGUUUAAAUUCUUUCAUAUAUAUAUAGAAGUUCCUUGAAUCUAAACGUCAAAUCAAAUUCACUAUGGCCACUUAUUCUCUUAAAUACUAUAAAUACAUGGUGUUCUGACUUUAUGUCUUCACUAAAUCAAUAUUAACAUAUCCGAUCCCGCAAAGCAAGCUACGCUUGUCUAUCCCCGCAAUAACACACCAAUACACAAUCUCAUCAAACAUUAUUUCCUUAUCCUUCAAAGUUAUUAUUUGUUUCUUCGAGCUCUUAAAGAAGCAAUCUAGAUGUCCCGGAUAUCGUCAGACCCGCUUAUGGUUGGGAGAGUAAUCGGAGACGUUGUGGACAAUUGUUUGCAGGCGGUGAAAAUGACAGUGACUUAUAACUGCGACAAGCAAGUCUACAAUGGCCAUGAACUUUUCCCUUCUGCAGUUACAAACAAACCCAAAGUUGAAGUUCAUGGGGGUGACAUGAGGUCAUUCUUCACUUUGGUCAUGACUGAUCCUGAUGUUCCUGGACCUAGUGAUCCUUAUCUGAGGGAGCACUUGCACUGGAUUGUUACCGAUAUCCCAGGGACAACCGACGUGACAUUUGGAAAGGAAAUAGUAGGGUACGAGAUGCCUCGGCCAAACAUAGGGAUCCACCGAUUUGUGUAUUUGCUUUUCAAGCAGAACCGUAGAGGAAGUGUGGUUUCUGUGCCGUCUUACAGAGACCAAUUCAACACUCGGAUGUUUGCAUAUGAGAACGAUCUCGGCCUCCCCGUUGCAGCUGUUUUCUUCAACUGCCAGCGUGAGACCGCCGCUAGACGCCGUUAAUAUCGAUCGGUUGUUCCAUGCACUCUGACGGGAAGCAGCUUUUUAUAAUGAUAUAUCUAUAUAUGGUGGCUGUACUGUUAUGAACUAUUAUUAUCAUUUGAAUAAAUUCGGCAUUUCUUGUUUAAGUUUAUUUUCAUAUGGAUGGAUGUUUCUGGUAUUUUGGAUGUAGAUAUAACUGAUAUUUCUUAUCAUAA